GUUCCUAUCGGUAUUUAGCUCGCGGUGCAGCUGCUUUGGUUCGGUCCUGGCCUCUUCUUCGGGCGCCGUUUUUGUGCGCAUGAGUGUCCCUCGCCGGCACCCGGCGCUACCCUCCGCUUUUUGAUGAGUUCCAGAAUGAAGCAGACAAAAGAGGAAAGGUCCAAAGGAACUAUAAAGAAAUAUUUCUUGGACAACACAAAUGUCAGCCUUUUACCAAGACGAACACUCAAGAUGAUUCAACCAACUGCAGCUGGUUCUCUAGUCGGCAGAGUAAAGGAGUCAACUUCUAUCAAGGCCUUAUCCAAAAGGAAGCUUUGGAAUGACCAAGUAACAUCCAAGUCUUCUAACACUGAUGUUGCUUUAGAUCCAGAGCACAGUGAAAAUGAAAAUCUGGAAGGAGUUUCUCAAGAAGCUUUUGAUCUCAUGAUUAAUGAAAAUCCUCCUCCUCAGUACUGGAAAGAAGUGGCGGAAAAACGGAGAAAGGCUCUUUAUGAAGCACUACAAGAAAAUGAGAAACUACAUAAAGAAAUUGAACAGAAGGACAAUGAAAUUGCCCACCUAAAAGAAGAAAAUAAGGAAUUGGCAGAACUAGCAGAACAUGUACAAUAUAUGGCAGAUAUGAUAGAAAGGCUCACUGGCCAAUCUCUAGAAAACUUUGAAUCACAGAACAAUCCAGCAUUUGAAGAUUCUGAUUCUGGAGGUGAAGAAGCAGGUAGUGAUUUAGAACAAAACUGCCUUGCCACAUGUGGUGGAAAAAAUGCUUCUUUACCUACAGAUGGAUGACCCUGUAUAUAAAUAUUUUGUUUGACUAUUGGGAAAUAACACUGCCACAACUUUAACUUUAAUUUACAUCUUUGGGUUACUUUUCUAAAUUAGUCAAACCUUGGAACAUUUGGCUCUUUUAACUUGAUGCUUAAUGGCAGAAAAUUACUUGUAUUCAGCAAACUCUUGUAGUUUGCUUUUGGACACUUGUAUUAAAAUACAAAUACUGUGUAUUUUUAAUCUUGUGAUAGUUUAUGUAAAUAGCAUCUUUUUCAGUUGAGUCUAACAUGACUUAUACAUAUACUUGAUAAAUAAACUUCAAUCUCCCAUCAAAAA